AUGCAAUUACAACUCUCCUUUGUUUUGAUCAUCUUGCACUGCAUGGAUUACAUUGGUUGUCAGCAGCACAGCAGCUCCAGGCACCGGCAACAUAAACCGAUCUCUGGUGUGAGCUCAGGGUGCCAGCAGGGUGGCUGUCUGACCUGCUCUGACUACAAUGGCUGUCUCUCCUGCAAGCCGCGCUUCUUCAUGCAUUUGGAGAGGAUUGGGAUGAAGCAGAUCGGGGUGUGCAUGACUUCCUGUCCGCCAGGCUUUUAUGGCACACGCUCUCCUGAAAGAAACACCUGUACAAAGUGCAGGUCGGAGUGCGACUCCUGCUUCAACAAGAACUUCUGCACGCACUGCCGAGCAGGAUUCUACCUUCACCUGGGCAAGUGCCAGGAGAACUGCCCCGAGGGCUUGGUCCGCAGCGACGCACAGAGGGAGUGUAUUCUCAAGUGUCCUGCAGACUGUGAGUCAUGUGUGAGCAGCGACAUGUGUAAGCAGUGCCGGCCGGGCCUAUACCAGCUCAGUGGGAUGUGUCACCAUGUCUGUCCAGAGGACUAUGAGCCCAAUGACAAACUCAUGGAGUGCAUACCGCAAGUGCACUGUGAGGUGGGUGAAUGGAGCGAGUGGAGCCCCUGCUCGAAAUCUGGUAGAACCUGUGGCUUCAAGCGGGGCCAGGAGACCCGCACAAGGCAGGUCAUGCAGUACCCGUCGUCCUUUGGCAAACCCUGCCCUGAGGUCUCUGAGAUCAGAGAGUGCAUGGUCAGGAGGAGGAAAUGUCCAGGACGGAAGAAGAAUGAGCGGAGAGAAGGAAGGAAUCGCAACAACCGGAAAGAUAAGGAGAAUCAGGAGGGGAGGCGGGAGAGGAAGAGAGAAAGGGAACGAGAGAAGGAGAGAGACACGGGUGAACGUGAAGAUUCUGUUAACAGGAACAAAACAGAGCACAGGCACCGCAGAGGCCACGAGACAGAGCUAGUCUCACCUGUAGACGGCCCCAUCCAGUAGUGCUCGGGGGAGAUAACAUCCAAUGCCUCACCACCUUACUUCUGUCAUCUUCCCAUCCUUCGCGCUCCAAAACUUCCCCGCCCUCACCUCUGUUUGCCCCACUCACAACCUCUCUCUGCAGGGGUGUUGCUGCUACCUGUAUGAUUUGAAUAUACUGUUUAUGCACAAGCAGGACGGGGCACAUUCAGCCAAAAGGCUGGAGCCGCUAUUGUUUUCAGCUCCUCUUCAACCGCUGAGAGCGUCUCUUAUGAAAAGUCCAGGACACACUGCUGAGACUGCUGUUGGGACUGCAGAACACUGAGAAUUGUCUGUGACAGUGUGGAGGACUGUCAGAGAAAUGUAAUGAGAGACAAAGACAUUACACGUUUGUUGAAAUGGUUAUUUAAUAGGGCUCUGGUACAACAUUGUGCAUCUUGGAUUUUGAAUGUAGAUUUUCCAGCAUUAUGUAGAAGAAUUGUCAUUAUUGUUGUUCUUGUUCUUUAGAUCUCUUUAUUUGGUGCAGAUUUUGUAAAGAAAAAAAUAAAAAUAAAAAGUGAGGUUUUUUUUUUUUUGCUCUUUCCAUCUCGUGACAUCUUCAUAAUCACUACAGCUGAGGGCGACCUACCUUGUAGGCAACUGCAUCUUUGCAAGAUCAUUAGAAUAUUCACUGUAAGCAAACUAUCUGGUGUGUCCAGCUAAAGGGGAACCCGCUUGGUAUGAAUAAAAGGAUUAUGGUCAUAAAGUUUCAAGUGUAUGCAUGUCUGGUGGAAAUUUUAAUUUUAUCCAGAUAAGUGAUAAAUCUAAUCUACCACUGGUUUUUCUUGUGUAAAUAGAAGCUCUCAAUACAGCUCCGACUAGAAACCAAAACACUUGUAUGUCAAAUAAAACUAUAAUGGGUUUGUACCUGUGACUGCUUUAAUCUCUCUUUUUUGCCCCUUCACCUUCAUCUUGUGCAAUCCAAACAAGUAUUAGCUGAUCUCAAAUAGGAAGUGAAACUCAGUACACAGAUGCCACGCUCUCCAUUUGGCUUAGAUCUGAUUGCAGUAGUAAGAAGAUAUGGCCUUAAAAGCUUACUUUAAAAAAAAAAAAAGAUACUGGGAGCCCAUCUUUCUGUAGCUGAAGCUACUCUGGCAAAAUAUACUUGAAUUUAUUCAAGUGCGUUAUUAAAUUUGUGUGCAUUUUUGAAUAAUCCAUAACCCAAUUUGGUCAGUUUAAACAAGUAAGCGAAUAUGAGAUAUGAAAUGUAGGAUAGUCACAUCUGGGUGUACCCUUUCAAGCCAUUUUGUGCAAAAAUAAAUAAAGAAACAUUU